AAUAAGGCGGGACCAAGGGAGAAACCGAGACAAACACAGCAAGAUCGGAGCUAUGGCGGAAGAUCUGGUGCUCGACACGGCGAUCAGAGAUUGGGUGCUGAUACCGCUGUCAGUGGUGAUGGUCCUCAUCGGCAUCCUCCGCUACUUCGUCUCCAAGCUCAUACGCUCCUCUCAGAUUCCCGAUCUCAAGAUCGUCAAAGAAGGGCAGGUGAUUGUUAGGGCUCGGAACUUGCGUGCUGGUGCUAAUUUUAUUCCUCCUAAGUCGUUUCGCUCUCGCAAGGUUUACUUCAGUAAUGAGGAAAAUGGGUUACUUCAUGUUCCUAAAGGUCAGGCUCAAAAUGUACAAGCACAAAUGUUCUCUGAUCCUAAUAUGGCUAUGGACAUGAUGAAGAAAAACCUCUCCAUGAUCAUUCCUCAGACUCUAACAUUUGCAUGGGUCAACUUUUUCUUCUCUGGAUUUGUUGCAGCAAAGAUACCCUUUCCUCUGACUCAAAGGUUCAGAGCAAUGUUACAGAAUGGGAUUGACCUGAGCACCGUUGAUGUUAGCUAUGUUAGUAGUCGCUCAUGGUACUUCCUCAAUUUGUUCGGAUUGAGGGGACUUUUUAGCCUCAUUCUGGGAGAAGAAAAUGCUGUGGAUGAUACACAACGUAUGAUGCAAAUGGGUGGAUUUGGCUUUGAUCCUACAAAGAGCUUGAGCGCUGAGAAAGACAGUCUGGAUAUAAUUCAGCAUGAGUGGGCCCUCCCAAAAUUUGAGCAUCAUGCUGAAGCAGUACUGAAGAAACUCAUCAGCUGAACAUGGCCAACAUACAAUCAGCUAAUUACUGAGUUAAGCUCAGGGUUGUUCUUGAGAUUCUCAUUCAAUCUCACUGGGAUUCAGCCUUUUUGACCAAUGAAGCUGAUAUAACGUCGCAAAAAAUUGCACAAACUUAUAGACACCAGUAUUUAGGCUUUACUUUGUAUUCAGCUUCUGUUACCACCAUGAAGAAGAUUGGUUCAUGUCGUGUUAUAUCUUCCUGCCCAAGGGUGAGAGAUAUUACCUUUUUCUGUGACUGUCGGAUAAAUAGUUAAAGUUCAGGGACACGGAAAGAGCGGUAAUUGAAACAUAUUGAUUGAUAGGUGACAUUUUUAUGACCUUUAUCUUUGAGAUUUUGAACGCAAAAUUGAUGGCCAUCAAGUAUUUACUGCCCUCUGAAAAUUUCAUUUCAAGACAACAUAAACAUCACAGGUAGAC